AUGUCCAGCACCGAGAGUAGCUCAGGUCCGUCUCCAGCACAAAUUCAUGGCCUGAUCACAACCCACCUGCGCCAAGUGUGGAGCGAGCCUUCCUCGGCAAAGCGCAGGCCAAUCUUCCCAGCCGUCUAUCAUCCUGAUGUCAUUGUUUAUGAGCCCGAUGGCAGAGUGCUGAAGGGCUUCGACCAAAUGGACGAGACUGUCGAGGCAUUGACUGGUAAGGGCGGACAAUUCGAAGGCUGCCAACUUAGGGCCAGAGACAUCAAAAGGAACGGAGACUUCGUUUGGGUCAGCUGGGAUCUCGGUCCGCCCAAGGAAGAAGAUGGCGAGGCAAUCGAGGUCAAGGCCACAGGCGCAGACGGGAUAUUGUUGGACGUCAACGACAAGGGCGAGGCGAAAAUAAGGACCUUGUGGGUGAUCAUAGACGGGCUGAGCGAUGUGAGACCCUGA